AUGGUUGAAUUUGGGGUAUUUUCAACAAUUUCUCCAAAAUGUCGUCCCAACAAAUCGCACCCCACAGAGAAAACGCCGAAAUUUACACCGGCGAAGCCGACUGCAAGCAAAAAUCCAUCGAACUUAGACGACAUCGUUGAGGUGGGGUACAAUGAGACUCCGGGAUUCGUGUGGCUGAAGCAGAAGAAGAGCAAGGUUCACGGAUUUCGUGCAAUCGGGCGCAGCGUAUCGUAUGAUGGAGAGGUCACUGCUUUCGUUGAUGACCGGCGGAUGAUGCGGCUAACAGGUGUCAAGAGCAAGGAGCUCCUGAUCUGGGUCACCAUUUCCGAUAUUCGCAUUCAGGACCCCAUUUCUGGGAAAGUUGUGGUUGGCACCCCGAACGGGAUUUCUAGGUUGUUUCCAGUGUCUGCAUUUGGGGAAGAAAAGUAG